CUAUGACAUGCAUAUAAAUCGAGAAUGAAGAAGCACCAUAGCCAUCUUUGUUGAUUGAAGCUCAAUAGAAGAUACAGAAAAAUGAAAUCUUCAAAGGAGAAGCUAAGCAACAUGGCCAGUGCCGCCAAGGAACACGUUGACAUCUGCGGAGCCAAAAUUGACGAGAAGACAGAGAAAGCAAGGGCACGAACAGAGGAGGAGAAAGUGAUAGCACAUGAGCGCGCAAAGGCGAGAGAAGCAAAGGCAAAAAUGGAGUUGCAUGAAGCCAAAGCCAGGCAUGCAGCCGAGAAGCUAAGCACCAAGCAGGCGCACCUGGACCCUUCCUCGUUUGGAGCACACCAUCAGCAGCCCCCAACAACAACGCACCAGCAGCCGUUAGGGUCUCUUGCAACGCCUGCUGGAGGAGUCACCAAUCCUUCAUAUCCAUUGGGAGGAAAUCAUCAUAUCAAUAAGCACAUUUAGAUAUAUGUGUAUGUAUACGGUUAUACUUAGUUAUUCCCCCCACUGAUGGCCACUACUACUGUUUCUUUGCGUGUUAGUUUCUGUUUCUGGUGGUUCACGUUUUCAGUUGUUAGUUAUCGGAUAUGUAAUGUGGGAGCGAGGGGCGUGUUAGCUUUCUUGUAUAGUUGUAUGUACUUGAGAACGGUUUGUCUCUCCUGGUAAUAAUUUUUGAAUCAUAAUUUGUGAGAAAUGUUU